UACAGUUUUUGCUGCGAUUUUCCAAAACCGCAGCAUGAACCCUAUGUCCGAUCCUGAAAUGGAGGGCUUGUCCUGUUUUCUGGAAAUCGCUAGUUGUGAAGUUGCCUCUGUGAUCACGUGAUCUGUGCGCCCCAACAGUCACGUAGCUCAGGUGCGUGGGUCAUGUGACCGGGCCGCGGCCAUGGAGACGGCGUCGCGCUGGUUGCAUGGAGACGGCAGGUAUAAGAGGGCGGAGCGGGGGCGGGGCUGUCACACAGGUGUGAUGGAGUCGGUCCCGCGGUCGCUGCUGUGGCUCUCCGUCCUGUGUGUCCUGGGCGCUGUGCUGCUGGCCAGUGCCGGGAGCCUGCUCCUCAGCGCCCACCUGCUGCCGGACCUGCCCCGCUCCUCCGCCGCCAGCGUCCCCGCCCGGAGCCCACUGCUGGCCGGCUCCCUGCUGCUCCUUCUGCCGCUCGGCUUGUGGGGCUGGAGGGUGCUGAGCCGCCCGCUGGAGCUGCUGCGGGGCCCGGACGAUGUGGGCUACAUCCCGGAGCGGGGCCGGAGCCGGGCCCAGACCGCCAACCUGGUCCGGAGGAGGCGGAAGAAGGGAGACCUGCCCCCGGUCUAUCCCAAUGGCUGGUUCCAGGUGCUGGACUCGCACCUGCUGGAGCCCGGGGCCGUGCACAACCUCACCGUCUGCGGUGAACAGUUCGCCGUGUACCGUACCAUGGAUGGUAAAGUGUACGCUGUAGAUGCCUACUGCCCUCACCUCGGUGCAAAUCUUGCCGUGGGCGGUAGAGUGGUCGGCGACUGCAUCGAAUGUCCUUUCCACGGAUGGCAGUUUCGCGGCGAGGAUGGCAAAUGUACCAGGAUACCCUAUGCUGAAAAAGUUCCAGAGUUCGCCAAGCUUAAGACGUGGCCGUGCUGCGAAAUCAAUGGGAUGGUGUUCAUCUGGUAUCACUGCGACCAGAUCGAGCCGACGUGGAACAUCCCCGAGCAGGAAGAGAUCACCAGCAAGAAGUGGAUCUACAGGGGGCGCACCGAGCAUUACGUCAAUUCUCAUAUAGAGGAGAUCCCGGAGAACGCCGCAGACAUCGCUCACCUUGCUUGCCUACAUGAACCCGGCCUACUGAGUGGGGUUGACCUCCGAUACACAAAGUCAAGGAUUUGGGACUUUUUCAGGCACAUUUGGAAGGUCCGGUGGGAGCCAGAACCAGCCCCCAACAAGCACUGCUCUCAGAUGUUUGUGCAGCAUUCCUCCCUGCUCUUCGGGAAGCAGUUCUCCCUGCUUGAUGUGGACGUCGUCGCUCGUCAGGUCGGCCCCGGUGUCGUGUUCCUGCACUUCUCGCACGCCUUCCUGGGCAAAGGGAUGAUUCUUCACUGCGUUACGCCCAUCGAGCCUCUGCUGCAGAAAGUAUCCCACAGUAUCUACUAUCAGAGGAACUUUCCUGCCAUUGUCCCCAAGUUUAUUCUGAAGGCAGAGUGCAUCCAGUUUGAGCGGGACGUGAUGAUCUGGAACAACAAGAAAUACAUCUCCAAGCCUCUUCUGGUGAAGGAAGACUCUGCCAUCCAGAAACACCGCCGCUGGUAUUCUCAGUUUUACAGCGAAAACAGCCCCAAACUUAAUUUCCAACAGGACGGAUUGGUAUGGUGAAGAGUUAGGGCCUCAUAUCCCAAAGGCAUCUUAAUCAGAAAAAAAAAUAUUCUAAAGGACGGUAUAGAAUUAUGUCAAAUAUUUAUUUGAGUUUUUAUAUGACUUUUAAAGACUUGGACUGCUGCAGUCUUUACACCACCACUAGGUGGAGCACCAGAGCCUCAGGGCUGAUUGUGGGGCAGGGUGGACAAUCUUCCUCUUGUCUUGUGUCAUGUGACUGGGUCUUCUCUUAAAUGUGCCAAAGAGACCUUCCAGGAUUUUGUGCUGGAAAUCUUAUUGGACAGACAGGACUAGUAGUUCACCAAGUUGUCACUGCUGGACUGGAGGACUCUGGGUAAUGGACAUUAUCAAGUAUUU